UACAAAACAGAAAGCAAGAGAAAAAUCAAUGAGGAAGAUGAGUGAAGACCUGGAGGUCCCAUCAAACACUGAAUGCCUCCGUCUGUGGCGGUAUUCACACACACUGGAUCGUAUCUGUUAACCUAAAAGAAGAGCUAAGAUMAUUUGAAAUGGGGUUCUGUGGAGAGGUUAUGACCAGUUAUGAUCUUACCUGCUUUAGAUAGCACAUAGAGCAAUCUCAGCUUUGUAAAAGAGAGAUUAGUUUUGACCACACUGAUGACAUAAACGGUAGUUAGCUUUUCAUACAUCUUUUUUGUCAAAGUCAGGGCAAAAUGUGUUCAGUAGGUUAACUAGGCUAAUUAGCAUUAGCCGAUGAUAAAUAAAGAUACUUAAGAUAUACAGUACUGUGUGGGGGAUUUAAUGAGAUACUAAUUAAUGAGUAAAAAAAGUUKAUUACUCCAGCUAUAAUCACUUAUCAUGCACAAGUCAGCCAUAUUGAAUUUUGAGGUGGCCAUAUUGGAUUUUCAGAUCGGGAUGGGUCAAGAAUCUCCAUCUUUCUAAGACCUCUUCAGAGGUUUGUGAGAUGAUGUUUCCAAGUUAAUUUCCCCUUCUAGGUACAAAUGUAAUGCGCUAAAGGUCAUCCAAAAAGCCAUGCGCAACAGGUAAGAUAUUGGCUGUUCGUAUUACAGUGAAAUAUCUGAACUGUAGCCUUAACAUGAAUGAAACGGAACCUUUUCUGAGAAUGACACACGUAUGUUUAUUUCGUUAAGCCUCCAAGCUGCAACACAACACAACACAACCUCAGGCGGGGCGUUAAAUGUUGGUCCAAAAAUAGAACCGUUCAGAUGAAAAGGAGGAUAAAUAAUGCAGAAAGAAUACAAAACGUCUUAUGGGAUAACUGGUCCCUCAUAGAGGCGGAACGAUGAAGAGGUGAAGGCAUGAAACAGGAAAGAGGAGGACCCAGAGGAGAUGUACACAUGCUUCUUACUUUAUCUCCUCGUCUGCCUCAGUAUUUUUUCCCCCAGAUUUCAUGACUGYGUCUUUGGGGAGGAAUAAUCUUGUCCCAGCCAUGGCGUGUUUUUCCUGCCCACCGGAGCCCAGACACAACACCCAACCCUGUCGCCUCAUUAUUUUUUCAUGCGUUUUGAUCAGAAAAUUCCUACACAUUUACACCAACCUGAACAGAUGAUCCUUUUUUCUUUUUUUUUUUCCUUUUUAACAUGAAGAUUGCUGAGUCACUAUUUCGAGAAGAGUUUGUUGCUUUUAAAUCCCUGCAUUUGUUUAUCAUCACAUAAAAAGUCUGUGAGUCAUUUAUUAACAUUUCUGGUUAGAGGGUGCUGGGUCAUAUCGGAUAAAUAAAACAUUGAAAACAAACAUUUUCAAAGGCUCGCUGCUGGAUGCCUAAUUUCCAGCUGGGACGUUUAUUCAUUUUCUAAAUUAAAAAUGCAUGUUUCUGAGAAAAAUCUGAAUUUCAUCACUCGGCACUGUGGGCGUUUAUGCUUGAGUAGGGCGACACCUGGUGGUGGGACGCAGGUAUGGCUUCUCAUUUUCAGUCCCUGGUUUGAACAAAUUGAAUUAGCGAAGGUGGACGAUUUUACUCAAGACUGUUGACAAAAUAUAUUUUGAACCACUGCAUGAAUUUGAAUAAAUCUUUCAGAAAAUAAUCUUUAGAUUUCCAACUACAGCUGAAUAACUUUUGGAGCCAAUCCAAUUGUAGAUAGCCGCCAUAUUCAACCAAACUUAAAAAACACAAAAAGGGUUAUAAAACAGCCAAUUUUGCAGACAUGAAGUUAUAAUUUGGUGUGUUAGUAGCUGGGACCAAUAUCCAAAACAUAUUCUGAACGCUAACAGAUUGAAUAAGAUUUUCUUGUUUUAAUUUACACUAAUAACUAGUUAACUUUUGUCUGUUAGCAAAAUAUCUCAUUAACCAGUGUACAGAUGCUAAUUAAACAUUCAGGAAAUUAUCUCUGGAUGUAUCUCUACAACUGAUAACUUUUGAGGUCCAACCAAUUCAAUAUGGUUGCCAGAGCUAAUUGAGCUUAACUGAUACAAAAGUGACCAUAAUUCAGUCAGUUUUACAAAUAUUGAACAGAGAUUUGGCCUGGUAGCAGCUGAGACUGAUCCACCAAGCUCCAAAACUUUGCCACUAAAAGUUUGGCGAUAUGCAUUUCUUCAGUGACUUUUAGACUUUUAAUUUGAAAAUCAAUACAUUUCUUUGUAUUAGAGCCUGGAUCUGAUUUAUAAACGGAUUUUAAAAAACAGAAAUAAGCAUAUUAGUGAUGCAUUCAAAGUCCACCCAGCAGUCCACAGGUCUCACAAAAGGCUCCAUUCAGCAGAAAGCUGAGGCCCGGCUCUGCCAAGUGUUUUCACUUUAUUUGGACAUGAAAUCAGCCCUGAAAGCAGGACAGGAAUUUGAAAACCUGCUGAAAGUUUUCCUCUCGGCUCAUCCUGACCUGAAGGCACAAACUUCACGUGAGACAAUAAACUGCUGGGUGCGUCAGAAAGUCACCGGGUGAUUUCCACUCCUCUGGUUUCCUUGACCAGAUUUAAUUAGGUUUUCUGGGGUGGGUGGGGGCUGGUUCUGAAUGGGGGUUCGGACUCUUUGGGGCCUCUCUCGGAGGCUCCACAGGUGCGUGUCCCGGCGGAGGACGCGUCACCUGCGGUGCUCUGUCUGCGUGGCGGCGGUGUUUCUGUUCCUCCUGSGAGUCAGCGUCUUCCACCUGCCGGACAGUCACCUGGCGGAGACCYCCCAGGUGACUCUCCUCAUUUGGACCCGUCCGUUCGGGCAGGACCACCGGUUGCCGGACUGUCGGAAGCGGUUUCAGGUCGACGGGUGCACGCUGACGGACGACGCGGGCGCGUACCGUCGGGCGGACGCCGUGCUCGUUCACCACCGGGAGGUGUCCGCCGGACUCGCCGAGCUCCAGCCCGAGCCGCGUCCAGGUGCGCAGAAGUGGAUCUGGAUGAACUUCGAGUCCCCCACGCACAGCCCCGGACUGUGGCGCCUCGAGGGGCUCUUUAAUCUCACCAUGAGUUACCGCGCGGACUCGGACAUCUUCCUGCCCUACGGAUACUUGGUCCCCCGCGCGCGCACGGACACGGGCACCCUCCCGCUCAGCUACUCAGAGACCCCCCGGAGGCUCUUCGUAGCCUGGGUGGUCAGCAACUGGUCGGAGACGCACGCGCGGGUGUCCUUCUACUACCAGCUCAGCAGGUUCAUUCCGGUUGAUCUGUACGGGCGCGCGGGGCUGCCUUUACCGAGCGGCGUCGAUCACGUGGUGCAGCUGCUCGGCAGGUACCAGUUCUACCUGGCCCUGGAGAACUCGCUGCACACGGACUACAUCACCGAGAAGCUGUGGAACGCCGUGAGGGCCGGCUCGGUCCCGGUGGUCCUGGGUCCGUCCAGGCAGAACUACGAGCGCUUCCUGCCCAGCGAGGCGUUCAUCCACGUGGACGACUUCCCCUCGGCGAGGGGGCUGGCUCGGUACCUGCUGCUGCUGAGGAGCGACCCGGUCCGGAUGAGGCGGCACCUGGACUGGAGGAGGGGCUACAGCCUCCACCAGCCCGACUUCUGGUCCGAGCACUACUGCAUGGCGUGCAAGGCGGUGAGAGGGGCCAGAGGACGGACUGAUGUGGUGCGAGACCUGAGAGGGUGGUUCCAGUCCUGACAUCUACCCCCAACACUAAUUAAACAAGACAAUGUGAAGGAUGACACAGUUCUGUCUCAUGAUGGAAAAACAUCUCACCCCAGCUGAGAAGGACCAGAGGACGGACUGAAGGGGUGCGACACCUGAGUCCUGAAAACUACCUCAAACUACCUCAAACUCUAAUCAGAAACAGAAGAAUGACCCAAAUCUCUCCUAUCUUACCCCUACUACCAGCUUUCUGGUUUAAAAACUACUGACUUGUACUUUUCAGAGGUCUAUACUUCAAACAAACAAACAAACAAACAAACAAACAAACAAACAAACA